AUGAAUGCACAGAGCCCUCGUCAGGCUUGUGGAGAGACAACCCGGGACACCAAGAGCCCGCAGGCUGAGGACCGAGAGCAGCUCUCCGGAACCGGCCGGGCUGCCUUGGACCGGACCAGCCACUACAGCUUCGGAACCGAGCGGCAGGAGUUCGCGGUGCCGCUGGGAGUGGACCCGGCCGCGUUCCUGCAGUCCUGCUCGGCGGACAGGGGCGGCGUGUCCAUCGAGCUCGAGCACGGCACCACCACGCUGGCCUUCAAGUUCCGGGGGGGCGUGGUGGUGGCCGUGGACUCGCGGGCCACGGCAGGGAGCUACAUCGCCACCAUGAACAAGAACAAGGUGAUAGAGAUCAACCCCUACCUGCUGGGCACCAUGUCAGGGAGCGCAGCCGACUGCCAGUACUGGGAGAGACUGCUGGCCAAGGAGUGCCGGUCAGUUACUGUCCAGUCAGUGUGUGUGUAUGAACCCCUCUCUCUCUCAGUGCAGUGUUCAUGUACUGGAGUGUCCACUCAACCUGAGGAGCUCAUCCAGCUUGUUCCCCACCCCCACCCCCCUCUGUGUAAAACACUCACUGGCCACUGA